AGGCGAGUCCGGAGGUCGAGGGCGGAGGAGAAGUCAGCCCGAGCUGCAGCCCCCGCCGGCUGCCGCCUCGCGGCGAGAGGGAGUUCCCAGAGCGCCGCGGCCAGGGCCGGCCCCUCCUGCGCCCUCCCCCUCGCGGCGAGGCUGCCCUGCACCCGCGCCCGCCGCCUGCGCCCGCCGCGAUGAUCUUCCCCAGCAGCAGCGGCAACCCCGGGGGCAGCAGCAACUGCAGGACGCCCUAUCGCAAGCAGCAGUCUCUGGUCCCAGCCCACCCCAUGGCCCCUCCCAGCCCCAGCACCACCAGCAGUAAUAACAACAGCAGCAGCAGUAGCAACUCAGGAUGGGACCAGCUGAGCAAAACGAACCUCUAUAUCCGAGGGCUGCCUCCCAACACCACAGACCAGGACCUGGUGAAGCUGUGUCAGCCAUAUGGGAAGAUAGUCUCCACGAAGGCAAUUUUGGAUAAGACAACAAACAAAUGCAAAGGUUAUGGUUUUGUCGACUUUGACAGUCCUGCAGCAGCCCAGAAAGCUGUGUCUGCCCUGAAGGCUAGUGGGGUUCAAGCUCAAAUGGCAAAGCAACAGGAACAAGAUCCUACUAACCUAUAUAUUUCUAAUCUGCCACUGUCCAUGGAUGAGCAAGAACUUGAAAAUAUGCUCAAACCAUUUGGACAAGUUAUUUCUACAAGGAUACUACGGGAUUCCAGUGGCACAAGUCGAGGUGUUGGCUUUGCUAGGAUGGAAUCAACAGAGAAGUGUGAAGCCGUUAUUGGUCAUUUUAAUGGAAAAUUCAUUAAGACACCACCUGGAGUUUCUGCUCCUACAGAACCUUUGUUGUGUAAGUUUGCGGACGGAGGACAGAAGAAGAGGCAGAACCCAAACAAAUACAUCCCUAACGGAAGACCGUGGCAUCGAGAAGGAGAGGUGAGACUUGCUGGAAUGACACUUACUUAUGACCCAACCACAGCUGCUAUACAGAACGGAUUUUAUCCUUCACCAUACAGUAUUGCUACAAACCGAAUGAUCACUCAAACUUCUCUUACACCCUAUAUUGCAUCUCCUGUAUCUGCCUACCAGGUGGCAAAGGAAACCAGAGAAAACAAGUAUCGGGGCUCUGCUAUCAAGGUGCAAAGUCCUUCUUGGAUGCAACCUCAACCCUAUAUCCUACAGCACCCCGGGGCCGUGUUAACUCCCUCGAUGGAGCACACCAUGUCACUACAGCCCGCGUCUAUGAUCAGCCCUCUGGCCCAGCAGAUGAGUCAUCUGUCACUAGGCAGCACCGGAACAUACAUGCCUGCGACAUCAGCUAUGCAAGGGGCUUAUUUGCCGCAGUACACACACGUGCAGACGACAGCCGUUCCCGUUGAGGAAGCAAGUGGACAGCAGCAGGUGGCUGUCGAGACGUCUAAUGACCAUUCACCAUAUUCCUUUCAACCUAAUAAGUAACUGUGAGAUGUACAGAACGGCGUUCUUACAUGAAGAAGGGUGUGAAGGCUGAACAAUCAUGGAUUUUUCUGAUCAAUUGUGCUUUAGGAAAUUAUUGACAGUUUUGCACAGGUUCUUGAAAACGUUAUUUAUAAUGAAAUCAACUAAAACUAUUUUUGCUAUAAGUUCUAUAAGGUGCAUAAAACCCUUAAAUUCAUCUAGUAGCUGUUCCCCUGAACAGGUUUAUUUUAGUAAAAAAAAAAAAACAAAAAAAAACAAAAAAACAAAAA